AUGAAUAUCAUAGAGUGGGCAUUCGGCAAGCGCAUGACGCCUGCUGAGCGACUGCGCAAGCACCAACGAGCACUGGAGAAGACACAAAGAGAACUGGAUCGAGAGAGGACCAAGCUUGAACAGCAGGAAAAGAAGCUGGUCGCAGAUAUCAAGAAGAAUGCCAAGAAUGGCCAGAUGGGCGCGGUCAAGGUGCAGGCGAAAGAUCUCGUGAGGACGAGAAGAUACAUCCAGAAGUUCUACCAGAUGCGAACACAACUCCAAGCGAUAUCACUACGGAUACAGACGGUACGAAGUAACGAGCAGAUGAUGCAGAGCAUGAAAGGUGCGACACAACUACUGGGCAGUAUGAACCGACAGAUGAACCUACCUGCGCUGCAACGGAUAGCGAUGGAGUUUGAGAAAGAGAACGACAUCAUGGACCAGCGGCAGGAGAUGAUGGACGAUGCCAUUGACGACGUCACCGGUCUCGAAGACGAGGAAGAGAGUGAAGAGGUCGUCACUCAAGUGCUUGAUGAAAUUGGCGUCGAUCUUGGCCAGGCACUUGGCGAGACACCCCAAGGCCUCCAGAAGAAUGCUGUCGCAGACGGCAAGGUCGCGCAAGCAAUCGGCGGCGGAGAUGCUGGAGACGACGACCUCCAGGCACGACUUGACAGCUUACGAAGAUGA